GUGACUUUGUACACUGACCCUCUCUUUAACUAUCACAGAAUCCAUCAAAACCACACUUUUCCUAACUUAUUUUGGCCCAUGGCAGACAUAUGCACGAUAUGGCCACCACACCACCGAUAGAUACGCUACAUUCUUCACCGAAUUCAUGCCACGAUGCGAAUCAGACCCCUAUAUAUAUACCGCCCGGAACUACCACAUUCUCAUCCUUCCCCACGAACAAUCACAUCCGACUACUCUGAUCCAGUUAUCCAGAUCCAGCUAGUCAGACACAGCUACCAAGAUCCAACAAUUCACCAACGACACCCCCAAAACCCGCAUUCUACCUCAACAUCGAAAAAUAUGUGUCUCUUCAGCGUCCAACGCUACGCCUGCGGCCACGGCCGAUGGACCAGAAUCGGCGAGCGCUGCACGCAUGCACCCUUACCUGCCCCACCCGUCGUCGACGACGAUUCCUAUGAGGAGAACAUGUGUCCGAUCAAGCAGGUCGAGGAGGAGAGCAGCGAUUUCGAUGUAGCAUUCGUGGAGGUAGCUAGCUACGCAGCAGGCAAUCCUCUCUUGACAUAUUUACCUUUUUCACAUCGAAUUCCCUACUCCAAGGACACUUUUGCAAACAUCCAGCUUUGGUUGAACGGAACGACGACACACAGGCCCAGAAUGUGCAUGUAUAUCUAUUGCCGCUACAGCUGCAACCACGGUAGAUGGAUCCUCACUGGCGAACGUUGCUACAAGGCCCCGGUGCCGUCACAGCCGGUGCUUGAUCAUUUGCUUUGCGACGAUGAUCUCUGUCCGGAUCGCGAGGUCGUGGAGGAGAUGGAGCUCUAUUUUUGUGGGGUGUGCGAUGGGUAUGAGCCGGCGUGGGACGGGCCGGUUAAUGAUGAUGAUGUUUUGAAGUGGUAG